CUAACCGAAAGUCAUAUUCAAGAAAUGUUGCCAUUGAGACUUAGUAUUGUUGUCUGCUGUUGAGAGGAAACAACUAGUAAUAGCGCAAGUUAGAAUUUUGACAUGUCACUGAAACACAGAUUUGGGUUUAACUCGCGGAUAUACACAAAAUAUGCAUUGUAUUCGGAGCAUCAACGCAUGUGUAGAAAAAAUACAUGUAUCACUUCACCUGCACUUCCAUCCAAAACUUUCUGGACAGCUGCUGUAGCUAGCUCACGAUAUGAUCCUGCCUUUAACGCCUACAAACAACACUGGAAGGUAAAAGUAAUCACACGAUUGACAGAACAUCAGUGUUUCCCGAGGAUCCAAUUUUCAAGAGGAAUGACCACAUCGAUCAAUACUCUGCAGUAUGAUUUGAAAACCGACAUGACAAAGUCUGGUAGCCGAAAACUAUUUUUUGAUACCCAUGCAGUGGUUCGACUUCUUGAAGACAAUGGCUUUAGCCCCCAGCAAUCUGAGGUUAUAAUGAAAGUGCUGGUGAGGACAACAAACUCCAACAUGGAUACAAUCUAUAAUGAUAUAGUUACCAAAGUGCAGCAGGAGAUUCUGUUGCAGAGGGUGAUGUCUCAAAUUGCAUCUGUAAAAAAAGACAUGAUUAUUCUUGAGAAAAGUGAGUUUUCUACUUUGUUGGCAGAGAAUGAGAAAGUUAAGACGGAACUAUUGCAUCUGAAAGUGCAAUUGUCUGACAUGAUGAAUAAAAUACGAUUAGACAACAUCUUGAAUAUGCAUUUGGAGAAGAGCAGAAUAAAAGAAAUGAAAUCAGAGCAUGAGAAAAGGCUUCUGGAGACACAAACUAAUAUCAUGGAAAUGAAUGCAGAGCAAGAUCGCCAUUUGACUCAAAGCAACAUCAAAAUCGACACAGAAGUGGCAGGAUUAAAAACCAUGUUGGUAUCUCACAAACUUGACACAAUCAAAUACCUUGCAGGUUCAGUUUUCACCUGUCUUACAGUGGUUCUUGGAUUUUAUCGACUUUGGAUGUGAUUCUGCAUGUUGGGCAUGUGACUGCCACAGCCAUUUAGCUGGAAAAAAGUAUUUGUACAUAAUAUUUUGUUUAAAUGAUGAGGAAAAAGUAUUGAAUGUAUAUUUGUGUUUUUCUGAGGUGGUUUGGCUUUUUAGUUUUAUGACUGUAAAAACGGCAAAAAAAAAUUACACGAGCAUCCAGCAUGUUCAAAGCUAAGAUUGAAAUGUUUCAAAAGAUUUAAUUAUGAGGACAAUGCUUGUUCUUACCUGCAACUGGACGGAAAUAAAUCCUUUUAAAAAAU